ACUCCGCACCAGCAUCCUACGGGUCAGGCAGCCAGUGGCAUCUUAAUUGGGGAAGACGACUCACAGUAAUGGCAUCUAACACAUACAUGGUGUCCAUGUGUUUGAUACCAUUCACUCCACCCAUUACCUGGCAGAUCUAAGGACGCUCCAUUAUGCGUGCCAACGACUUUGUUUCCGGGUCCGAAAUGUCCGAUUUGUCUUGAACGCAGCAUAAUCUUCCAACGAGUUUCCAGUCGGGAGUUUCCGCAAUGUCUGGAACGCGACAGAAGUAUGUCAUCAUCCAAAAGUCUUUAGUGAGGCUGGAAUAUAAGAAUGUGAAUGUCGGAGGACCAGGCAGCGCAGAAGGAUGAGCUGCUUGCUCUAGCGAGUAUUUACGACGAAGAGGAGUUUCACGGAGCUGAAUCGGCACAAGGUGGCGAAAUACAACUAUGCCUUGAACUUCCUCCUAGUUUCAAGUUGAUAGUCAAAGGAGACAAGCACACAGAAUAUGACGUAUCUUUCCUACCUCCCCUGGUGCUUAACUUUGAACUUCCUGCCGACUACCCUUCCUCCUCAUCGCCGGUCUAUACACUAAGUUCCAAAUGGCUGUCAAGGGACCAGAUGACUCCUCUCUGCAAGCGUCUGGAUGAGCUGUGGGGGGAGAACCAGGGCUGUGUUGUCCUCUACACAUGGAUCCAGUUCCUCAAGGAGGAGGCGUUUGCCUUCCUGGAUGUCAAGUCUCCACUAGAGGUUGUUAAGGCAGGCAAGGCUCUGGUUGACUCGAAGGGAAGCAAGGCUGCUGUGAAGCGGGCGGGGACUAUAAUCGGGGAGGAAGGCAAACUGGAGUCUCUGCUGGAGCUGGACCCCCGUGCUGUGCUGGUGGUGGAUCCCCGUACUGAUAUCCUACCUCAGCUACUGGACUUUGACGAAGCUCAAAGGCAGAAGGUGUUUGACGGCAAGGCGUUCUGCUGUAGCAUCUGCUUCAUGGAGAAGCUGGGCUCAAGCUGCCUGUGCUUCAAGGAAUGCCAGCACGUGUACUGCAAGGCCUGCAUGACAGAGUACUUCGGGAUUCAGAUCCGCGACGGCAACGUUCAGUGUCUUAACUGCCCCGAGCCCAAGUGCACCUCCUUGGCUAUGCCCUCACAGGUCAAGCUCCUUGUCGGGGAGGAGUUGUUUACUCGUUAUGACCGUCUCCUGCUUCAGUCCAGCCUGGACCUGAUGGCUGAUGUGGUGUACUGCCCUCGCCAGUCAUGCUGUCAGGCUGUGAUGGUGGAGCAAGACACCACCAUGGGCAUCUGCCCUGCCUGUCAGUACGCCUUCUGCACCCUCUGCAAACGUGGAUACCACGGCCUGUCUCACUGCAAGGUCACAGCAGAUGAGCUGCGAGGCCUAAGGGAUGAGUAUAUCUCUGCCAGUGCCGAGGGGAAGAAGUUCAUGGAGCAGCGUUUUGGGAAGCGGGUUAUCCAGCGUGCCGUGGAGGAGUCCUUCAGCAGGGACUGGCUCUAUGAGAACUGUAAAGGCUGCCCGCGCUGUGGCACUAACAUACAGGGGAAAGCCAGGACUGAAUGCUGACAUGAAUGAUGACAGUGAUGGAGCUGGAUAUCCUCUAUUCUCGUUUGUCGAUGGAAGAAUUUUCAAAAAGGAGUCUUUCUUCGGUAAACGCUUGAGGUGUGAGAGUUAGCGCUUCCAUUUUUAUGAACUUUUGAUUUCAACCGUUUCCUGUGUGUUACCAUUAUUUUCCUUUGGAAAUCUUCUCAUAUCUGCAAUGUAUUACGUACGUAGAGAGUAGCAGGAGUUCAAGUAUAAUUGAACAUGAUACAAACAGGAUGUGUACUGACAUCCAGGAGGAUUGGAUAGACAAAACAAAAUAUUCCUUUUGUAUGAUCAGAACACAUGCUACCCUCGAAACCGAUCUGCAUGUCCUCUUCCAGCCUUUAUCUCUCUACUGGAUAACUAUGAAAGUGAUACUGGUGAGCCUGAGACUGUAACCCUAGAGGAGGAAGCAGAAAACCACAAGUUUCUGGACUGCAUGCUUCGAAUGCCCACCCUGAAGUUAUCAGUUAAAACAUAUGGUGGAGAGGUCGGUAACAAGAAUACUGUAUCUUUAUUUAGUCUGGUGAGUAGGAACAUAAGUCAAAUCACAGAUGCAUGCAGAAAAAGUUAAAAACCAUUUUAAUAUCACAUCAAUUCACAGGGAGAACCAUGGCCAAGUUGGAACCUUUACAAGCUAAAGUGAGUCAAUCAACACCCCAUGAUUGAAAUUGUCUCCAUAUGUUUCUCUCAUUUUUAGAUUGCACAUAAGUACCUAGUAGAGAAACAGCUCUCCCCAGAGGGAUUACCGGAAUUCAAGGAGCAGCUCUACCGUAUCUGGUUUGUGCUGUACGCCAGACGAGGAACUAGCGGGUGGGUAUAAAACUCUUCUCUUAUGUAACUGUUACUUUUCAGAUGGCAAAAUAGUUCUUCAUUAGGCUGCUAAAUGUUUUCUCCUCACUGGUUAGGGUUAUGUUUUUUCAAUGUGAAAUCCAUUUACAAUUAAAGAAGGCUGUAUUGUCACCUCAGUCUCCCAUUUAUUUAGUCUUUAUGCCUGUCUUUUCAAAGGGCAUACAGUGUGGACUUAGGACUCGAGACUUGGCCCGACUCAAGGCACACAUUUGAUGAAUUGAGACUUGACUUGGCAGGAAAGAAAAUAACUUGAGACUUGGAGCCUCGAGACUCGGGACUCAACUUGAGAUUGAUGUCUCCAAAGGCUUGUUCUGGCCUGUUUCUGUACCGCUUAGUCAGAAUUUGAUAGCUUAUCUUACUAUAUGACACAAUGAAAAUGGCCUGUUGCUGUUUCAUUCAAUGACUAGACAAAAUAUAGUUAUAAUAUAUGCCAUUUAGCAGACGCUUUUAUCCAAAGCGACUUACAGUCAUGUGUGCAUACAUUCUACGUAUGGGUGGUCCCGGGAAUCGAACCCACUACCCUGGCAUUACAAGCACCAUGCUCUACCAACUGAGCUACAGAAGGUUCAAUAGUCAUCAUUACAUCUAGGGAAAAUAUGACCAAUUACUCAAGCCUGAGACUUGGGAGGAAAAAACAACAACUUGUGACUCCACAUGAUUUGAGAUUACAAUGACUUGUCUUGCCCUUAGCUUUUGUGUAUUCCUAGGAGUAGAGUAGUCUAUUUUCACUUAUGCUGUACCGUAUGUGAAGCCGCAGAUUGUGCUAUCAUGUCAUCGUGUGCAUCACCAAGCUAAUCUAAGUGGUGGAUGACCUCCCAUUACUCUUCAAUAUCAUCCCUUCAGGAAGAGGGUGGAAAAGCAGUGGUGUUCUAUGUUCCAGCCUCAUAAUGUUCCUCCAGGCCGGACUCCUCGGGGUUUGAGCAUGUCUUUGUAGGAGAGACCAGAGGGGGCCGCACAGUCAUCGGCUUUCAUAACUGUAUCCAGUUAUAUAUGCAAGUGAAGCUGGGAAACAUUGAUUAAAGUGUGAAUGCAAAUUCUCCCUAGGUUAGAUUUGUUUUAAACUGGCUUGAUGAAUGUAUGUUUUGAUUAUCAUGUUGAAUCAGAUGUGCGACGUUGAUGAGUUGACAGUUAACAAUUCCAGAGUAUUCUUUAGAAAUGAUGUGAUAUACACUGCUCAAAAAAAUAAAGGGAACAC